CGUCAACAGGUUCGCUUCAAGUUAUUUUCUCGUUGGACAUCCCUUGCUUCGUCCAUGUACCGCGGACUAUUUUCACGGUCAACGGCUCGUGUAAGGUUCUCGUGUGACUCGAGCGUACACUCUUUCUCUAGGUCAUUCGCUACUGCUUCGUUACCUCCCGAUGGUACGGUGGUGUCGGAGACAAAUCGUGCUGAGGCUACUCUGAAGCGUUUUUGGGAGACAGUAGGAAUUUCAAAGAGAGACGAUGGACUCACUGUGACGCUUGACAUGCGAGCGUUGAAAACACCGUCUGGCAAUACUCUGCUGUUACCCAGGAAUAAGCGUUUAGUUGCAACACUCAUUGCAAACGAAUGGGAAAACCAGGAAACUUUGUUGAAACCUCAUGCUCUUCCCAUGACUUCCAUAGCCUCACGGGCCAUCGAUGCCUUCCAUGAUAAAAAAACAUGCUCAGAAGUGCGAGAAUCUCUUCUUAAUUACUUGGACACUGAUACAAUCUGUUUUCAUCACGAUGACCCACCUCCGUUGGUAGAACUCCAACACAAGUACUGGGAUCCAUUGAUUGAAUGGGCGAAAUCUACGUUUAACAUCGACAUACAAGUCUUUACCUCAAUUUUGCUCCAUUCACAAUCGGCAGAAACGCGAGCUAAGCUUGAUGUCAUCUUGACUGAGAUGAAUCCCUGGGAGUUGGCUGCCAUGGAACGUGCGACAUAUGUGACGAAGUCUUUUUUGAUCGCGCUUGCCCUUGUAAAGAGGCAUCUCACUGUUGAAGAAGCAGCUGUGGCUGCACAAGUCGAAGUCUCGAGUCAAAUUCAAAGAUGGGGAGAGGUUGAGGACUCCCACGACGUCGAUUUCCACGAUAUCCGCAGACAGUUAGGAAGUGCUGCUUGUCUGCUUACCAAUAGUCUUUAGAUAAUGGGAAUAAAUAUCCACCUCCUAAUUGAUCAUAAUUUCUCCAGA